AUGUAUGCUGUAUCAAUAGUGGGAGCAGUAUACCUCGUGGGAUACAUGCAAUGGAGUGUGGCAUGGUUGAUUGGACCAGUUGUUCUCUCAGUAUUGAGAGACCAAUGGCGAAGGGAGAAUGAAUAUAGGAGGAACCUCGCGAAAGUCGUUGCUGUUUCAUCGGAGAAGGACGUGGAUUGCAAUAGUCCACGUCGGCAUUGGAGCGGGCGUGGCGCGCGACCGCCGAACGUUUCGCGUAGAGCGUUGAGAGUUAGUUUUCAUUUUAUGAUGUGUACAUAUUAUGUAAUGUAA